AUGGUGUCUGCCCAUGCCAAAUGGCCGCAGAGUAUGAGUAGAACGCACACGGCGCAUAAUGUCGCGAACAACACCGAGCUUCCGUUCUUCGAGCAUCUAGGACAGAACCCAGAUCGUAAAGCUCAUUUCGAGAAUCUUAUGAAGGCUGCUGGGUCUGCGCAGCAUCUUAGUGUCGAGCACACCAUUGCGGGCUUUGACUGGGCUGGGCUGGGUGAAGCCACCGUUGUUGAUAUCGGUGGCUCAAAAGGGCAUGUCUCUAUCGCCCUCGCUCGGAAGUUUCCCUCUUUGAGAUUCAUUGUCCAGGACCUUCCUGACGUCGUUUCUAAUGCCAAACCUGGUCUCCUCUCCCUCUCCGACGGCGCUGCCCUUGAAUCGCGGAUUACAUACCUCGCUCACAACUUCUUCGAUCCCCAGCCUGUCCAGGGAGCGGCCGUAUACUUGCUCCGCAUGAUCCUGCAUGACUGGCCGACGGAAGAUGCAGUCAGGAUCCUCUCCCAGCUUGUGCCGGCUCUUGGGAAAGACUCUCGUAUUAUAGUAAUUGAUUCUGUGAUGCCUGACCCUGGAUCUGUGCCACUACAGAGGGAACGGAUGCUACGCGCACAGGACCUGACUAUGCUGCACAGCUUUAAUGGCCAGGAGCGCGCAGCGGAGGAUUGGAAGGGGAUAUUCCACCAAGUGGAUGAAAGACUGCAGCUAAGCGCGAUUAAGCAGCCUGUGGGGAGUGAUAUGGCAUGUAUGGAGCUGGUCCUGACAGAAAGCGAGAUAAGAGAUGGUGUUGAGUGA